AUGUGGUCCGAUGCCAUCAUCCUUCCUUCCUCCAAACUCCAAAUCUCCAAAGCAGACAAUUUGUAUUUCUCAGCAUCUCGCAAGCAUCCUCGCACCUCAAUCAUCUCAACCGUCAACGCCCUCAAACAUAGACAAAAGCAGGACUCAACUAUGGGUUGGUUCAGUUCAUCGCCGACUCCGGCACAGCCUGCCACAUCAAUUCCGCAACAACCAUCUACACCAGACAAUCUAGCCUGCGAAUUGAAACCUGCGAGCGCCGAGAAAGUAAAGCCUUGCUGCGUGUGCAAAGACGAGAAAUCACAGCGCGACGAGUGCAUGCUAUUCUCCCGGUCGGACGAUCCCCAAGAAGAUUGCAAGGGUCUGGUAGCAAAAUACAAGGAUUGCAUGGCUGGCUAUGGCUUCAAGAUCUAGCUAGCCUGGUAGCUAGACUGGACCGGUCCCAUCAGCUGUCCUCCGCCAGGACUUCAUCCACGAGUCGAUGUAUACCGCAGCGGCCACUCUACCCAUCUCUUCUAUCCGUACUACCAGUGAGCAUUGUAUCAUGGUGGGUUGGUCAAUUUGCCCAGUGACAUAACGAUAGAGUCACAUGAUGGAAGAGAUGACGAAGAAACCCAAGAGCCCAAUGGCUCGCCAGCAUGGAUACAACGUCGCUCAGAACGAGCACAUGUACAUAGAGAUCAAGAAGAGAGUCACACAUGGGAAGCAAAGCAUGUCAUCAGGGUAUCGGGUAUCAUUGCAAGCAAGCAUACAAUGGAAUCGCCACUCUUGGGUAUAUCUGGCAAAUCGGCCGACAGCCAUCUCCGCCACGAAUUGUAUAACAAGCAACUUUAUUUAUACCCCAGAUGCGUCAUACUCAUUAUUAUCAUCAUC